AUGAAACAUCGGGGGGGGGAGCCUUUGCGCAUCUAUUGUCGUAGUAACACGGAGGUUGCCAGUGUGAAAGGCAAGGUGAACGAAUUGGUAGCACAAGCAGUUCGAAUUGCUGACGAACAAGGAGAGAACAAGUCUUCGAAUAGUUGGCUGAGGCAGCGUCGCGAUGACCUCGAAAGGAACUGGCGCCGCCUCGAAUUGGAGGCGGUCACCAUUGCCCCGAGCAUAGCCAAGGCCAAGGAGCUACUGUCCUACCAGGCGUCGGUGAGUCUUGUUUAG